ACGCAAGCGCACACCGCAAUUCUGAUAACCUAACCUCAAUCAACCCUAACCUCCAAAAUGCGUUCGCUUUCGCUUUUGUCUCGAAAAUGGGGCUCAAUCUCCACAGCGCGCCUCAAUUCCACCCUCACCGAAGCCCAAGCCACCCCCGACCCCCAUAAAGCCGCUCUAGCUCACCCCGACUACUUCAGCGUGCACAACUUGUUCACCGUGAAGGACCUAUUCGACGCCCGCGUCCACUACGGUCACAGAGACGGCUCCCUGGACGAGCGCAUGCUGCCCUACGUCUACGGCAGCCGCCUGGGUCACAUCAUCUUUGACCUAGACAAGACCGCCGAAUACCUACGCAGAGCCCUGAACGUGGCCGCCCACGUGGCCUACCGGGACGGUAUAAUCCUGUUUUUCCUGCGCGGGGCCCAGAACUCGCACCUGGUGGAGAAGACGGCGCAAGAGUGCGGGGAGUUCGCGCACACGAGGUUCUGGAGGGGCGGGAUUUUUACUAACGCGACUAAGCAGUUUGGGGCUGUGACGAGGCUGCCGGAUUUGUGUAUUUUUUUCAAUAGUCAGAAUAAUGUGUUGCUGCAGCAUACGGCGGUCAAGGAUGCGGCUAAGAUGGGGAUUGCUACGGUGGGGGUUGUGGACUCGAAUUGUAAUCCGAAUUUGCUGACGUAUCCGGUGCCGGGGAAUGACGACUCGCCGGCGGCGGUGGAGUUGUACUGUAGGUUGUUCAAGGCGGCGAUUUUGAGGGGGAAGGAGAGGAGGAAAGCGGAUUUUAAUGAGUAGGGGGUUGUUUUUUUAAGUGUUAAACUGUGUAGGGUAGUUUGGAAUAAAAUUGUUGACAUUU